UUAGUACUCCUCAAAGAAAAUUUUGCAACCGCAAUAAAGAAGCCACCAAGUGUAGCCCUCUCAGUGUCUCUCUAUCUGCAUGUGCCACGGUGUCAGUGAGCGGAAAAGGAGAAGAAAAUGGCGAGAGAGGAGGAGGAAAAGGCAUCUCUGGUAUCACCGAUAUUGAUGGAAAACUCUGAAGAUCAUGAAAAUAAUGGAGUCAGUAGUAUUAAUGAGGAUGGAAGGAAUAAAAGGAAAGUAGUUCUUCAGGAAGUAAGAAAGCAGCUAUGGCUGGCAGGGCCUCUGAUAUCUGUGAGUCUGUUGCAGUAUAGUUUGCAGGUGAUAUCUGUGAUGUUUGUGGGUCAUCUUGGUGAAUUGGCUCUCUCCGGCGCCUCCAUGGCUACUUCUUUCGCCUCUGUCACCGGUUUCAGUUUGUUGAUGGGAAUGGGAAGUGCAUUGGAUACCUUAUGCGGCCAGGCAUAUGGAGCAAAGCAAUAUCAUAUAAUGGGAAUACAAAUGCAGAGAGCAAUGUUUGUCCUUUUUCUUGUAAGCAUACCCCUUGCAAUCAUCUGGGGAAACACAAGAUAUAUUCUUAUUGCUUUAGGCCAGGAACAUGAUAUAGCGACCGAAGCAGGACGAUAUGCCUGUUUCAUGAUCCCGAGCCUGUUUGCCUAUGGUUUUCUGCAGUGCCUAAUUAAAUUCUUACAGACCCAAAACAUUGUCUUUCCAAUGAUGCUAAGCUCUGCAAUCACAACUUUACUGCAUGUUCUUAUAUGUUGGGUCCUAGUAUUUAAAACUGGACUUGGAGAUAGAGGAGCUGCCUUGGCAAAUUCCAUAUCCUAUUGGAUCAAUGUAUUACUAUUGGUACUUUAUGUCAAGUUCUCCUCUUCAUGUGCAAAAACCUGGACGGGUUUCUCAAAGGAGGCCUUGCACAACAUACUCACUUUUCUGAAACUUGCUAUUCCUUCAGCUGUUAUGGUCUGCCUGGAAAUGUGGUCAUUUGAAAUGAUGGUUCUUCUAUCCGGUCUUCUUCCAGAUCCAAAGUUAGAGACUUCAGUGCUUUCUAUUUGUCUGAACACUGCAGCAACAGUUUGGAUGAUCCCCUUUGGACUCAGUUGUGCUAUAAGUACUCGAGUCUCGAAUGAAUUAGGAGCCGGGCAUCCCGAAACUGCACGUUUGGCGGUACACGUUGUCUUUGUGAUGGCAAUAACUGUGGGUAUAUUGGUUGGAUCCGUUCUGAUAUUGAUACGCAACAUUUGGGGCUAUGCUUACAGCAAUGAAAUAGAAGUGAUCCAAUAUGUAGCAAUCAUGAUGCCAAUUAUUGCAAUAUCCAACUUUUUAGAUGGCCUCCAGUGUGUUCUUUCAGGCACUGCUAGAGGAUGUGGUUGGCAGAAGAUUGGUGCAUAUAUCAAUCUCGGUUCAUACUAUUUAGUUGGAAUUCCAUGUGCUGUUGUAUUUGCUUUUGUCCUUCACAUUGGAGGGAAGGGGCUCUGGCUGGGGAUCAUAUGUGCACUAGUUGUCCAAGUGUUAUCACUUCUCACUGUUACCAUACGUACUAACUGGGAGCAAGAAGCAAAGAAGGCUACAGAGAGAGUCCAUGAUUCAAUAAUUCCUGUAGAGAUAGUCUCUUGAAGAUGAAUGGCAACAUUUGCAGAUAAACUCCAUUACUACUUGACAGUAGAGGAAUAUACAUCUGAAAAUUUUGGAAUCUUAAAAAGGUAUUGCAACUUGAUCUGCUUAUAUAAGUUAUAUGAUGUUUUAUAAUCGUUGGAAGCUGUUUAGAUCUAAAGAUAAUAAAUGAAUACCGAGUAGUGGAAAUCAGCUCACAGAUAGCAUUAUUUAGGCAUAAAAGACUGAAUGGACAUGUUAUUCAAUAGACUUGGCUAAGUUGGCUGCCACCAUAGACAAUUAAACUCUACUUUUAUUCUCCUUAA